CGUCGUCGCUCCAUAGUAGCUGGGUCCAAGAUGGCGGCAGCCGAGGAAGCGGCAGCGAUGCGGGCUGAUGGAGGCACAAAGCCGCUGGUGGGUCGGGAGGAGAGGCGAAGGGAGGGGAGGGGAGGGGAACCAGCUGAAGAAGGACGCGGGGAGGGCGUGAGACCCCCUCAGGCGCAGGGCUGACCGACGGAACUCCCUGCCACAAGAUGGGAUGACGUCAGAAGCAGGGCGCUCCUGGUCCCCAAAACUUCCUGCCCUACUAAAAUGCUUGUGACCCCACUCUCCUCCCCUGAUAGCGCUCUCGGAGGGAGGGAGAAGACCAAGGGCAGCCGAACCUCCAUGUCCCAGGCAGUCUACCUCUGAGCACCAGCCAAAUACUCGGGAAGGGCAGCUCCGGGCUCCACCCUCCUCCUUCGUUGGUUCCCAUGAAGGCUGGGACCUUCGAGCUGACCCAACAAGGCUGUUGUGUUCUUACGUUUAAAUUGAAAAGAGGCGAGUGGGGGCUGAUAACUGCAGCCUCCCUCUCUCUGUGGUUGCAAUCUGCAUUGCCCUCAGCAUUAUCUAUUAUUAUUGCUGCAAAUCAUUACUAGCCUUUCAGUCAUAUGUGGGUCACAAAAAUUGAAAUGAGCUUAAUAUUGAAACGCAAUAUUAAAAAUAGUUUAAAAAAGCUUUAAGAAACAGGCCCCCAGAUUUUGUUGAAUCUAUAUUUGUCAGUGAAUAUUAUUGUUGUUAUUAUUUAUUAACUUUCUAUACUGCCCAUCAAAGGUUCACAGGGCUCUUUACAAUAUAAAAACACAAAACUACAUAACAUAGUAACAAAGAAAAACAAUAACCCCCACAGUUAUUAUUUAUUAAAUUUCUAUGAGAGCUGCAAUAGCGUAAAAUAGGAUGCUCCUAAUUAGAAGAUGCAUAUAUCUGGUAGGCAAAUGCUGGAAUCCUAACAGCACCUUGUUCUGCAGGUGUCCAGCCUGUUGGUGCAUUGCAGGAAGUUGGACUAGAUAGUCCUUGUGGGUACCUAGAAUUCUAAAAUUCUGUUAUUCAUUGGAGGUUUUUAAGCAGAGGUUUGAUGGUCACCUGUCAAGUAGAUGUGCAGGGAGUUGGACUCGAUGACCCUAAGGGUCCUUUUCCAGCUCUACGGUUCGGUUAUUCAAUGUAGAGCUUUAGUCUGACCUAAAAAAGCAAUCAUAACCAUACAUUGUAUGUUUUGUUUUCCCCAAGAAAGCUACCCCUCCCCGCUUUUGCAUGCUUAAACUUCAAGUGUUAUAUCAUUUGUUUCAGUCCAUUAAAAUUGUAAACUGGCUUGGGUGCCUUGCAGAAAGGUGGUUCAUAAAAGCUAAUAAUAACAAUAAUUAAAAGUGUGUUGAAAAUAUGCAGUUUGCAGGCCUUGCAGAUGUGUCAAUAUCGGAAGAUAUUCCAGUAGAAGGAGAAAUCACAGUUCCUGUGGGAUCUCGUUCCCCAGACGAAGACAACUCCACCCUGGAUGAGCCGGUUAAGGACACAAUUGUAAGUGGCUGAGGGGUAGAAAUUUAAAAGAAUAUCUUAAAAUGGUAUUCUCUGAGUUUCCAAAGUGCUUGCAAUUUAUGCAGGUAAAUUUCGGGGAUUGGCUAAACCAUAUCACCUCUUCAACCGAAGAUGUGUUUUACAGUAAUUAAUAAUGUGGAAAUUUAAGUGGCUCUGGCACACUGCUCACUUGAUGGGUGUGUGAUAAGUAGAUUGUGCCAUAGGGCACAACCCGAGAGUAAGCUUAGUUUGACCCUGUUGCAGGGACCCUGUCAAAAGUCAUGAAAAUAAAAAACAUGCAUCACAGUUCAAUCUUAUUGUCUGUAACACAAUAUCUUAAUGUUAACAUGGCAUGCCAUCUGUCAAGGGGUGGGUUCUACUCAGUGGUAGAACCUUGUGUGCAGAUGGUCCCGGGUUCAACCCCCAAUGGCAUGUCCAGAUAGGGCCAGGAUAGGUCCCUGCCUGGAGCCCUGGAGAGCUGUUGCUGCCAGUCAGUGUAGAUAAUACUGAGUCUGACUCAGUAUAAGGUAGCCCCCUACAUUCCUAUGAAGACAUCUAGGAGUCUUGCUGCUUGUUCCAGGCUGAGCGGGUGGGAGUGGUUUGCAUGCCACAGUAUACCUGUCAUUUUUGCUGUUAUACAUUGACAUAGCAGGGAGGCCUGGAUCAGGCCCAUUGCUGGUAGCUGGAGUGCCUCAGGAGCCAGUGAAUCCUUGGUCAGCCCAGCUCUACCACCCAAAUGCCCUGUUUUGUGGGUCUGCACCAGCAACCACUGAUGGUAGCUUCUGCUCACCAUGCAUUCAGCUCAGUGGAAGCACUCUGUUGAUAGAACCUGGCAGAGAGGAACCUGGGCCAUGCUCUGACACCAUCCAGCCUGUCAGUUUGUGGGGCGGGGUAGGUGGUUAGCAUUGCUCUAAUAGCAUCCUUUGCCCGAAAAUUUGUACAGCCCAGUAAUACAGCCCAUUCCUCAAACUUUUCAGAUGCGGGACCUGAAAGCAGUUGGGAAGAAAUUCGUCCAUGUCAUGUAUCCCAAAAAGAGCAGUGCCCUCCUGAGAGACUGUACGUGCCAGAUUCAUUUCAAAGCUUUGAAACCUGUGAAAAUAAAUCCACCUUUUUCUCUUACUAACCUGUCUAAAAUUCAGCAUUUCUUUCAAGCAAGGGAGUAACACGAGGAAUUCAGGGGUGUGGUGGGGAGGGAAGAGAAGUUUUAGGUGAAAUAUUUGGUGGGUUAAAUUCUCCAUUUGAAACUUAAUGUAGUGAUACAGGGAUUUGAGCUGACAUUUGUGCCUAAACAACUCAGGCCCCAAAUACCCCAAAGGCCACCUUCUUCCCUACAGACCUUUGGGUGCUGAGGGUGCCCAAUGGGUAGCCAUCUGCCUUCAGAGGAUACAGACCCAUUUAAUUUCCUUGAUUGCAAGUCAUUUAAACUCUUCUUAAUAUACUUUUCUAAUGUUGUAACAUGCCCUAGGGCCUUAGGACGAAGCAUGGGGAAUAAAUAAACAAUUUGAUGCCCUACAGUCAAGAGUGACUGGGGAGGCAGAGAGUGGCUGGAGGAAAAGGAAGUCAUGCUUUUCCUUAGCACCACACCCCUUCAUUGAUUUUCUUUCUCUUUCUUUUAUUCCAGGGGAUUUAUGGGGUCCUCUAGUCCUGUGUGUUUUACUUGCCCUGUAAGUACCAACAUUCCUCCCUUCCCCUUCGCUGCUUUGGGAUUUGUUGGGGGAAACAGCCAAAUGCAGUGCUGAAGCUACAAUAAUAAACCAAAGUAAUGUAGAAUAUGAAUAAAACAAUGCCACACUAAUAUUUUUUUAAGCCAGCAUUUUUAAAGAUUAUGAUUCUCAGGAUCCUCACAUAGGGCCUAAUCUGGGUUUGGCAGUUGCUGCAACAGGCUAUGGGCCGCACAAGGGCUUCUCCUUUUUGGCAGAGGGUAAACUUUAUUUUUUAUUUAUUACAUUUAUAUCCUAAUUUUCCUCCCAUGGAGCUCAAGAUGGUGUACAGGGUUCUGGUCCUCCCUGCCCUUUUGUCCUCACAGCAACCCUGUUAGGCUGAGAGUGCAAGGUCACACCCAGUGAGCUACAUGGCCAAAUGGGAAGAUUUGAACCAUGGUCUCUCCUAGGUCCUAGCUUGACACUGAAACCAUUAUGCUACAUUGGCUCAACUGCCACAAUCCGUCGACUCGGCACCAAUGUGGCAGUGAAUUCUGUUGAUAUAGAGGGCAGUGAAGAAGUAACUGCAUGCCAUCCAGACUUCUUAUUUAACUUAAUUACAGCACAUUGCCCUUUUCUCCAAGGAGUUUGUGGUGGCAUACAUGAUUCUUCCCCUCCUUAUUUAAUCCCAGCAACGACCCUGUGUGGUAGGUCAGGCUGAGUGACUGGCUUGGUGGGCUUCAUGGCUGAGUGGGGAUUUGAACCCUGGUCUCUCCCAGUUCCUAGUCUGACACUCCUAAACCAGCGCACCAGUUCUCCAGAUUUGCCCGCUGUUUGUUGCUGAUCUAAUUCCCUUGUUUCCCCUGCUUUCCCAGAAUGCUUCAGGGAGGAGCAGCAAAUAGCACGGAAGACAGAGGUCCCCAGUUUGCAGAGGUCUUCGUCAUCAUUUGGUUUGGAGCCGUUGUCAUCACACUGAAUUCCAAGCUGCUUGGAGGGACCAUGUGAGUGUGUGGUGGGUGGGUGCUGUAACCAUGUUCUCUGGGGCAAGGGUCUGGGGAGAUGGGAGAGAGGCAGCCCUCCUUGCAAAGCUGUUCCCCACAUCUUCCUUUUUUGCUUGAGUAACGACGAAGAGUCCCUUUGAAAAACAAGAAAUCCCUGAGAUUGUAGGCAGCCCAGUCAACCCUGAUGCCAAGCCACAUUCAUUUCCAAUAUCCGAAGAGGGCAGUGCAGAACUAGUUUGUAAAACUAUUUUAUUAUAUAUUUGUUGUCUGCAGCUAAAUUGACUAUCACCCAGGGAUGCAGAAAUUACGCUGGACUUUGCCAUUCCCAUUUGGUUUCAGAAGGCCCUAUGCAUCCCAAUUUCAGAAAAGUUUGCACAUGAUACGUAUUUCAAGAGGCACCACCUAGCCAAAUAAAGUCAUAUUUGGUCCCCACCAAAAUUUACUUUAUUUGGUACUAGUGCUCUCUGUUCAUGCUAGAACAAUAACCUUUUAUAGUCUGACCUUAGAUUGCAAACUGCUUUGAGGUUUUUCUUUAACAAUGCAGCGGUGUAUAAAUUUUAUGAGAUAAAAAUAAAAUAACUGAACCUCUUCACGUUCUGGUGUUCUAUCCAACCAUGUACAAUGGCUCUCUUAAUAGCAUGCCACUAACUGACUCCUUGUUUUGUUUUGUUGUUAAAUAUGUUGAUUAUUUAAUAAACCUUUUUUAAUAUUGUAAAAAAAUAAAAUCCAUUGAGGCCUCUGCCAAAGAUGCAGGCUGCCAUCUUAGGCUGCACCAUGUGCAUUCUCAUUUGAGAACAAACUCUGUUGAGUCUCCCUUUCUGCUGGAUAUUUGUACGUUCUGGAGAAAAGGAAAUCUUUUUCAGCUGUAAGAGGCAGAACUAUGCUUCAGUGUCCCAUAGACUCAAAUGUCAGUGUCCAUAUUUGUAUGUAAAUGCUUAUUAUUUCAUAAAAUUUAUACACUGCUUGAUUGUAAAAACAAACCUCAAAGCAGGUUACAAAGAGACUGAAACAAUCAAAUUAUUGGUGAAAACAGUUUAAAAGAACUACAGGCAAAGGUUACGUUGCAGGUUAUCGCAUGCAUUGGCAGAGCGUGCCUAAACCCACCCCAUUACGCCCCCUUUUCCUGCCACUUCUGGGUUUGUGGUGAUACGUGUGUGCACAGUCACAUGUUCUUUGAAUGUGCGCAAAAUGGGAGUAGACUGUAUUUAAAACAUUUUUUAAAAUAAUCAAUAAACUAAAAACAGAUUAAAACAUACAUACAUCAAUAUUCUACAUGCCUGAGUAGGCUUGUCUAAACACAAAUGUUUCUAGCAGGUGCUGAAAAGAGCGGGGAAGGCAUGAGCUUGACAUCAAUAGGCAGGGAAUUCCAAAGUAGAGCUGCUGCCCUGCCACUUAGUCAUAUGUGCUUCUCGAGCCGCAUAACCACAAAGCCCUUAAGGUGAGAUGGCAUAAGCUUUGUUGUGAAGCCUCUGGCCGUUCAUGAGGGGUAAUUUAUGCUCCCCAAUAUGCUUCUGGACUGCUGUCUGGAGACCAGAAUCCAGAAGCUGACCAUCUGUGCUCCAGAAGUGAGUGCAAUACACCUGCCCUUUCUCUUCCCCCCACCCACCCAGAAUUUAAUGCUGUUUCUUCCUUCCCAAGAUCUUUUUUUCAGAGCCUCUGUGUCCUGGGUUACUGCAUCCUCCCCUUGACGGUGGCUCUCCUGGUCUGCAGGCUUGUCCUGCUAGCAAGCUCUGAUACUCCUGGCUUCAUUGUGCGUCUCUUAGUCGUGGUGGCCAUGUUUGCCUGGUCGACGCUAGGUAUGUUUGAGAAGGAAGUGCAGUCUGGAACCUGUCUGCAAAAACCCCCAUGAGCUCAGCAGGGUUGCGUCCUCCAAUUCAUAUCUUUGAUUUGUCCAGCACUGUCAGUAAGUAGCUAGGAGAGAGCCGCUUAAAAACAUUACAGAAGAAGCGGAGCUCGUCUGUGUGGCAAUGAUGCCCACCCCCCACAUUUUCUUCAGGGUUAGCAUUUCGUUCAGCUGGUAGCAUGUUUGACUCUGGCAUUCUGCGGUCUAAUGCAUGGAGAAAGCAAAUAGAGAAAAGUUUUUCUCCCUCGUAACACUCAUGGACAUCCAGUGAAGCUGAAUGUUGGGAGAUUCAGGACAGAGAAAAGGAAGUCCUUCCAUCUCAGAGUUCAGAGUUAAACUAUGGAACUCACUCCCACAAAAGGCAGUGAUGGCCACCAACCUAGAUACCUUUAUAAGAGGAUUCGACAAAUUCAUGGAUGAGGAGAAGGCUAUUGUCUAGUCAUGGUUACUAGCCAUGAUGGCUAUGCUUUACCUCCACAGUCAGAGGCAGCAACGCUUCUGAACACCAGUUGCUGGAAACCACAGGAGGGGGAGAGUUGCUCUUGUACUCAGAUACUGCUUGAGGGUCUCCACAGGCAUCUGGAUGGCCACUCUGCAAACAGGAUGCUGAACUAGAUGAGACCCUGGCCUGAUCCAGCAGACUCUUAUGUUUUUAAGAUGCAAUCUAAAAUUUUAGGUUGGUGUCCAGUGUUCCCGUUCCAUUAAUGCAAGGGACAUGUGACAGUGGAACGGAACUUUCCUGUUCCCUCUGCUCCCCAUUGCACACCUUCACAUAAGCUCUGGAGGGUUGGGAGGUGUCCUCCUGGGAAGAUUUUGGGGUGCAUGUGGGACACAGAAUAAAUGUAGGUGUUGCUGGGGCUGCUUUGGAUACAACCGCAAUUUUCUGCUUUUUCAACUGUUAGUGUAUAUUCUAAAUAUUCCUUCUCUUUUCAGCAUCCACUGCUUUCCUGGCAGACAGCCAGCCCCCAAAUCGCAAAGCCCUGGCAGUCUACCCCAUCUUCCUUUUCUAUUUCGUCAUCAGCUGGAUGAUCCUCACCUUUGCCCCAUAGUGACACAAAAUCAGUGGAGAGACCCCAAAGCUGAAUGAAGGUGGCUUCUGUCUCUGUUAAGCCUCUCAGUUGCUGGCUUUCCCCAACGUUGCCCUCUAAUUUAUCUACCUGUAUUUAUGCUGUGUGUUGGACAAAGGCAGGACUGGUCUCCAGGAGUGUGCUGAAGGUCCCUUUUGUGUUUCUGAUUCCUCUGAGAAUGCAACUGAUGUCUGUCUGCUUACUCCUCCUCUUGUAAAUACCCGCGAAAGGGCAUUGUUGCCCUUUUUGAAGAAUGCUGCUGAUGCAUAAGAAAGUAGAAAUCCUGUCUCGAUCCAUCAAAGCUGUUGAUAAAGGCAGAUAGCAAAAGAUACCCAUCCUUAAUCAGCUUAUCAGAACACUUGGCGCUUUGUCUUCUGUACAUCAGGACAUUUUCAAAUGCUUGUUAUCUGUUGAUGGGAGAAUGCUAGGAGAGUGUUCCAUUGAAGUUAAGCAAAGUGAUGCAAUAGUUUAUGCCAACCAUGACACACCUUGUUGCCUCCAGAGACUAUAGGACUACACCUCCCAUCAUCCCCUACCAGCACAGGCAUGCUCACCGGGUCUGAUGGAUAUUGUAGUCCAGCAACAUCUGGAGGAUGUUUGUUUAGCAAAGGCUUGUUUGUUUGGUCUUAGCACGUCCAUGAUAGAUUUGCCCCUGCCGCCCCUAAUUCUUUGUGGAGGUGUGAUGCAAGCCUAGUGGUUCCUUCCGUACAGGGAAUUAUCUCUCUUGAAAUGCAAAUAUAUUUUGAAGUGACUUCUGAAAAGAAUGCUUGAAUUAUGCUGUCUAGAGGUUACAUUGUGUUGGGAGUACCAUGUGUUACUUGCAAUUUAUUGGGCAGAUUAUACUUUUUCUAACUGCAAAAGAAAACCCACUAUUGACCUUCCAGCAGAACUCAAGUUAACUGUUACCAAUCUUGUGGACAAGGGACAGAAAAAAUAAGCAAAUAAUAUCAGUAUGCUUUUCCCUUUCUUUCUUUCUUUCUUUCUUUCUUUCUUUCUCUCUCUCUCUCUCUCUCUCUCUCUGUGUGUGUGUGUGUGGUGGCUAACAAGUCAGAAAUUGACAGGGGAAAGCUGCCCAGUCUUAUGUCCCAAGUGAUCCAAGUGGUGUUAAAUACCUUUUAAUAUGUCAGGACUUCAGCAUUCAGAACACAGCCUGUGGGAGACUGGUUUCUUUUUCUUCUUCUUCUUCUUCUUCUUCUUCUUCUUCUUCUUCUUCUUCACCUUUCCCCUUGGUUGAGAAGUAGGGAUGUGGGGCAAGCAGUUCCCACAUCCUAUCUCCAUUUAGAGCAGUUUUUAUUUUAUUUUUUGUCAUUUGCCUUAAUAAACCUGUGAAAUGUUAUCCAAAAACACUAAAUAUAUGAUCCAUGUUUUCCUCUGCUUGCUGUCUUGUCAUUUGCUGGAGGCAGGAAAAGAAAUCUCUACCCAUCUUAAUUGUAACUCCAGUCUUGUGUAUAGCUCACUGCUGGCGUGUGUGUGUGCGCACGCUUCAGUUGGGGAGCAAAAGUGUAAAUUGUUUUAAUUUCAAACUUUUAUAAAUAAAAAUGCUGAAAGAGGUGUUUGGAAUCUAUUCUGUGUCCCAAAGUCUGCCGAGUAAAAACAAAACAAAAACUGAUUUCAUUUUCAAAUGUAGAUCUUUGUACCAACACUCCCAAAUCAGGGGCAAGGUUCUGUCUUUUAAGGACCAUAAUUCCUAGAACAAGCAACAUGACUGAGGUGUACUGAAAUAUACUCGAGAGUCGAGAGUGGAUUUCAUUCUCUUUAUUCAGCUCAUAGUGGUGAGGAGGAAUGGAAGUUCCCCCACGAUAUCUGCUUUAUAUACAUUAUUUACACAAUGGGCUGCACAUGAUUGGCUAAUUCCGGGAUUCUCCUGUAGGCCAAUCAGGUUAUGGAUUCACUUCCACCUGGAGCUGGAUUGGGUGGCUCCUGUGGACCAAUCAUACAGCUGCAUUGUUCUAGGACCAAUCAGACUGCUGCAUUUUGGAUCCUAUUGUUCUAGGACAAAUCAGACUGCUGCAUUUUGGAUCCUAGUCAACUCAGUACAUAACAUGUACAAAGUGUUUUUCAGACAGAAUGAAGAUAUUUCAGUUGUGGGGCAUGUUGGAGGAGGAACAUGGUGAAUUGAAUGUCUUUUGUUGGUGGGCUGCCAGUGGAGAUCAUUACACGGUGAAUGAUGACAGCCAGACAUAAGUCUUGGCGAUUGAAUUUACUCUGGAAAAAAGAGUGAAUGGGAGGUUCUGAAAAAGCCAUUUUCUGUUUCAAGAGGCCGAAAAGCUAUCAGCUCUUGGGAAUUUUGAUGGGGGUUAAGUGAUUUGCGAGCUGAGGAAUCAGCACCUUGGACCCAAAGCCGUGUAAGAGCCCUAAUGGGCAUGGGAUCUACAAAAGUCUCCCUUAAUUAUUUCUGAGCCUUAUGAUUUAUAACAAAAAGAUAUGCAACUGCUGGUGGAAAUUUACAUUUGAUGCUUUAACUGCUUUCUGCCUUCAAGAAGAAAGGAAGGGAAGGCAGAAGAAAAAAGCCUACUUUAAUGGUUUGAGUCAAGGAAGUUUUAAAUAAACAUGCAAGUUCUGUGUGCUAAGAAUUUUUAUUUUCUUACUGAAAUUUCAAAAAGAAUACACAAAAGAAUAUGCAAUAUAUUUUUGAAUCAAAUACAAAAAACUAAUCC